UCCCUCAAUCAUCUCUCUCUCUCUCUCUCUCUCUCUCUCUCUCUCUCUCUCUCUGUGCCAUCAGAGAUUCAAAAUUGAGUUUAGUUGAAGCAAUGAAGGAGAUGAUGAAGCCUCACGCAUGUGAUCAGUCCAAUACAACUUCCCCAGCACUAGGCAUGCACAAAGGUUCACACCUGAUAUCAAAAUUCCAGCCAAAAAUCCGUAUAGUUCACAUAUUUGCACCAGAGAUCAUAAAGACUGACGUCGCCAAUUUCAGAGAGCUAGUCCAAAGACUCACCGGAAUGCCCACUCAUGACCACCACAAGCGCAGCAACAACAACAAGAAGAAGAAAGCAAAUAAUACUGUAAUUAGCAGCAGAGAAGAGUCAUCACUGAUGAUUUCUAGCCUCAUGCCACCCAAAACGAGAGAUCUGCAAGAUGGGUUUCAGAGAAUUAAGGAAGAGGAUGAGGAAAGAGAGAUGUGGGGAGGAGGUGAAAAUUCGAGUGGGUUCUUUAGUGGGUUGGGAGAUUUGGAAGGUUUUAUUCAAGGGCUUAGUACUGAUCAAUUCCCUUUGCUUCCUUCAAAUUCUUCUCACAUGGAAGUGCUUGGCCUUGGAGAAACACAUCUUCCAUAGAUAAUUAGAAAAUAUAUACUACUACUUUUCAUGGGUUGGAUUAAUCUGGUAGGUGAUUCUCUAAUGUGAGAUCCUGUUGUUGGUUUUCAAAAAUGUUCUUCUGACAGAAUUCUCUUUCUCAUCCCCUUUGACCCUCUCCCAAAGUUCACAGUCCUCACAUCUCUGUUGUAAAUAUAUGUGGGACCAAUGCAACAUUAAUACCAGUGGGUACUGAUUUCGUA